AAAAAUCAAAAUUCUAUUUUAAGAAUUUUGAUUUGGCUAGUUAGCUUCCAGGUGUAGCCUCAAGGGGUGUUUCAUCUAAUGCUAUUGGUUACUCUACUGCGAUGGCAACAGCUAACACAUCACAUAAGCCGAACAGCCAGGUGACUAAAAAAGUAUAGAGUGGUGGGCAUUCAUCAUGGCUAUAAUAGCCAAACGAUGUGGGAUUAAGUUUGAUCCACCUUCAGUCAUUCUCAUAUAUGAAGAUGAACAUACAAGCAAGUUGCGUAAAAGAGUAAUGCCAGUGAGGAGCUUUUCACAGUUCUCGGACUGCAGCAGGGCUGCAGAGAGACUGAAGCUUCAUCCCCGUCACGGACAUUACCUGGAUUUGGUGUCAGUGGAGCAGCUGGUGAGGUUACACAUGGUGCUCCGGGACCACUUGCGAGGUCUCAGUGUGGAGGAGAGUCUGAGAGAACAGCGUCGCUCUCACACACACGAGGAAGAUCUCAACAAGCUCAGUGAUGAAGAGCUGAACCGCCGCAAAGCGCAAAUGGACGUGCUGUUCGAGCUCAACCGGCGCCACAAAGACGACCCAGACUUUGUAUACGACCUCGAGGUGGAGUUUCCUGAUAACAGCGUACGGGAAACCUGCAGCUGGGACCAAUCAGAUGAAGAGUUUUGAGGAGCAGGUAGUGUUGCCACUUGCCUCACAGACCAAGGGUACCUGGUUCCAUCCUGAGUCCGUCUUUGUGAAGAUUCACAUGUUCUCCAUGUGUCUGUGUGGGUUUCCUCAGGUUUCUCUGGUUUCCUCCCAAAACAUGCCAGAAGGUGGAUAGGCUAUUGUAUCCAUGCAUCCCUUUUCUAUACAGGUUCUCCUACACAGGUUCGUGGGGAGCGAGGUUGGGGACACCCUGUAUGAGGUGCCAACCCAUCGCAGGGCACAAUCACACACCCAUUCGCACACUAUGGACAAUUUGUAAACCCCAAUCAUCCUACAUGUCUUUGGACUGGGGGAGGAAACUGGAGUACCUGGAGGAAACCCCCAAAGCACAGGGAGAACAUGCAAACUCACACAGGGCGGAGGCGGGAAUCGAACCUCCAACCCCAGAAGUGUGAAGGGAAAUGUGCUAACAUAUAUAUGUACAGUAUAUAUAUUCCAACAUCUUAAGAUCUAUUCCAUGCAUCUAUGUUAAAUAUCUGAACAAAUAUCACAGUAGAGUAAAACUGGAUAAUUUGAUUGUCACACUUCAAAUUUUGGAUGACAGCACUUCAGUAUUUUUUUCAGUGUAUGUCUGCAGGCAGGACCAUGCAAAAACUCCAUACUUCCAUGGAUCUCGGAAUAAAAUGAGACAUUUUAGGUAGUACAACAGAUUCUUUUGUGCCAGCUCUUUUAAAAACUAUUAAAGACCAUGUUUUUUUUUUCUAUUGAAUAACAUUAACUUAUGUGGUAUUUCUAAAAAAUAAAAUAAAAUAAAAAAUAUUAAAAAAAGCCAGACAAAAGCACAGGAACAGCAGCACGUACAUUUAAUAAAUCCAUAUUUUAUGAAAAUGCAAAGAAGUGCCUCAAACCCUACCAAAAAACCCACAGGUGUAAUAACCCUAAACCAGAAACUAAUUUUCCAAUUAGAUUUUUAGUUCAAUUAAAACAAAAAUGUAA